AUGGUUAUGAAAGCUUCGGUAGAAGAUGAUGAUUCAGGAUGGGAACUCGGUAUGCCUGACAAGAUGGAAAAGAGUAACACAAGCUGGAUAGAUAUAACCCAGGAUUUUGAAGAAGCUUGUAGAGAACUGAAGUUAGGAGAACUGCUUCAUGACAAGCUUUUUGGUCUUUUUGAAGCCAUGUCUGCCAUUGAAAUGAUGGAUCCCAAGAUGGAUGCUGGUAUGAUUGGAAACCAAGUUAAUAGAAAGGUUCUUAACUUCGAGCAAGCGAUUAAGGAUGGCACCAUUAAAAUAAAGGAUCUCACUUCACCUGAGCUGGUAGGAAUAAUGGAUACAUGUUUUUGUUGUUUGAUAACAUGGUUAGAGGGACAUUCCUUGGCACAGACGGUAUUCACUUGCCUUUAUAUUCAUAAUCCAGACUUCAUAGAAGAUCCUGCUAUGAAGGCUUUUGCUCUAGGGAUCCUAAAAAUCUGUGAUAUUGCCAGAGAAAAAGUUAACAAAGCAGCUGUUUUUGAGGAGGAGGAUUUCCAGUCGAUGACUUAUGGAUUUAAAAUGGCCAACAGUGUGACAGAUCUUAGAGUUACAGGUAUGCUAAAAGAUGUAGAAGAUGACAUGCAAAGACGAGUGAAGAGCACUCGAAGUCGACAAGGAGAAGAGAGAGAUCCAGAAGUUGAACUUGAACAUCAACAGUGUUUAGCUGUGUUCAGCAGAGUCAAGUUUACCCGGAUACUACUGACUGUUUUAAUAGCGUUUACCAAAAAAGAGACGAGUGCGGUUGCAGAAGCUCAGAAACUAAUGACUCAGGCAGCUGACUUGCUUUCUGCCAUCCACAAUUCAUUGCAUCAUGGUAUCCAGGCACAGAAUGAUACCACUAAAGGAGAUCAUCCUAUUAUGAUGGGCUUUGAGCCCCUUGUUAAUCAGAGAUUGCUGCCACCAACUUUCCCUCGAUAUGCAAAAAUAAUUAAAAGGGAAGAAAUGGUCAAUUAUUUUUCCAAACUAAUAGACCGAAUAAAAACUGUAUGUGAAGUAGUCAACUUAACUAAUUUGCACUGUAUACUGGAUUUUUUCUGUGAGUUUAGUGAGCAAUCACCAUGUGUUCUUUCAAGAUCCCUGUUACAGACAACUUUUCUGGUAGAUAACAAGAAGGUGUUUGGCACUCACCUCAUGCAAGACAUGGUAAAAGAUGCUUUAAGGUCUUUUGUCAGUCCUCCAGUACUUUCUCCAAAAUGUUGUCUUUAUAAUAAUCACCAGGCGAAGGACUACAUUGAUUCCUUUGUGACACAUUGCGUUCGGCCAUUCUGUAGUCUGAUUCAAAUCCAUGGACACAACAGAGCUCGUCAGAGAGAUAAACUGGGUCACAUUCUUGAGGAAUUUGCUACCCUCCAGGAUGAGGCAGAGAAAGUAGAUGCAGCGCUUCAUAGUAUGUUACUGAAGCAGGAACCACAAAGGCAACAUUUGGCUUGCUUGGGCACCUGGGUCCUAUAUCAUAACCUUCGUAUUAUGAUACAGUAUCUUCUGAGUGGCUUUGAGUUGGAACUUUACAGUAUGCAUGAAUAUUACUACAUAUAUUGGUAUCUAUCAGAGUUCCUGUAUGCCUGGUUGAUGUCGACACUGAGCCGCGCUGACAGCUCUCAAAUGGCGGAGGAGAGAAUAAUGGAGGAACAACAGAAAGGCCGUAGUAGUAAGAAAACAAAGAAAAAGAAAAAAGUUCGCCCUCUCAGCAGAGAGAUCACCAUGAGUCAAGCGUACCAAAAUAUGUGUGCUGGGAUGUACAAGACAAUGAUCGCAUUUGACAUGGAUGGCAAAGUAAGAAAACCUAAGUUUGAACUGGAUAGUGAACAAGUUCGAUACGAGCACAGGUUUGCUCCAUUCAACAGUGUUAUCACACCACCCCCAGUGCACUACUUGCAGUUUAAAGAAAUGUCUGAUUUAAAUAAGUACAGCCCACCUCCUCAGUCAUCAGAUCUCUACAUGGCAGCUAGCAAACACUUCCAGCAAGCUAAAAUGAUUCUUGAGAAUAUUCCUAAUCCAGACUAUGAGGUCAAUCGAAUUCUAAAAGUUGCUAAACCCAAUAUUGUGGUCAUGAAGCUGCUGGCAGGAGGCCACAAAAAAGACUCUAAGGUUCCUCCAGAAUUUGACUUCUCCCCUCAUAAAUAUUUUCCAGUUGUGAAGCUUGUUUGAAAGACAAGAGAUUAUUGUUAGGAUACCUGAAGCAUAAUCUGUGUAUCAGAUACCAGCUGUAGGAUGGAAUAUCUAGUGCUGUACCCAGACUGAGAGGGAUCUCCAGGAUAAAAGUACUGUUACGUGGAAUAUCUAUAGUCUGCCUUCUUUACAUGAUCUGAAUGACAACUGCUAUUUUGAAGUGGUUUGUAUAAAGUUUUAUGGGUGAAGCUGAUUUUAAUCAACUGUAUUGUUUAAGAAUGUUGUACCUUAAUUGAUUUUAUUACAGAUUUAAUCAUAAAUCAUUUUUAUGAAUGAGCUCUGACAGAAAAUCAUAACAUUUGGGACUGAAUAAAAAUAAUGCAGUAGAGCCUCAUGUCUGAUAGGCACAGCUGAGCUACUGAAAUUCUGCUUUGAACAAAGCCACUUGGAGAGACUGUGAGUUUCCAUAUUCUUGCCUAAAUUGCAUCACAUUUGCUCACUUGGCAAGUAGAAAGACUGGGUUCUUUUCUUGCCAAGUCCUGCAAGCUGAAACAAUCUUUAUAGAAGUUAAGAGCAGAUGAAAACUAGUCAUUUAGCUCCUACUGCACUGAAUUCAGUAUUUUUGCUUGACUGAAGUCAAUGGUCUAGGAGGUAUUUUGUCUCAAAUGUAGGAGAGGUCCUUGAAGACAGUGAGAAAUGGAGUAAGUUAUUUCUAGUUGCAGUUUGUUCCUUUUUCUUUAUUCUUCAUGGUACUGGAGAAUCUGCAUAGCUAACACUGUAAUAGCCACUAAGAACACAAGACACUAGGAGCGUACGUUAACUACUCUGGAACUUUAUUUCA